AUGAUUGCUUUUAAAGGAAGGUUUAUUCCCUUUAUGCUGUCGACUUCUUUCCAGUCGGCUCUCGUUAUGGCUACUCUUACGGCGGUCGCACGAGAUUUAUUACCAUUACCAACAGUUUCUGGUGGGACAGGCUUCCUACCUAAUGGUACAGGGGGAGUUGGAGGGAAUGGGUUAGGCCCUACUUUUACCUUCUCUGGCUUUGACCCCACCGCUCAGAUAUCUCUGCUCCGAGGAGGACUUGGUGGAGCUGGAGCAGACAGGAAUCCGCCUGGCGCAGGGGGCCUGGGGGAGGAUCCUUUUGGGGCUCUGCAGUUCGCGGAGACAGUACAAGGUGGCGUUAAUGGGACAAGUGGAAUGGUAAACACGAAUUUGGCUACAGGAGGCAAUGGAGGUGUUGGAGAAGGGCCGUUUCUAGAUUUUUUGGAGGUGGAGACAUCGAUUCGAGCGAGAUCUAACAUAACAAUUCCACUUCAACCGGGUCCGUUUAAGACAGGUAAUGGUGGCAAAGGUGGUAACUCAGGGAAAAGCAUUGGACAAUGGAAGGGGGGAAAGGGGGGGAACGGGGGGAAUGGAGGGCGCGCGUAUAUCAUGUGGGAUACUACGAUGCAAAGUUGGUUAGGAGUAAAUGGGGAAGAUGGAGAAGAUGGAGAGGAUGGAGAGGAUGGAGAAGAUGCGCAGAUUGGGAAAGACGGGGCUGAUGGAGCUGAUGGGAAGGAUGGGAAAGGAUGGGGCAAUUGGGAUUAA